AUGGCGCCAGCAACCGAGACGGUAGACUUCAAGAAGCUCAUCGUCACUCUUAACGGAAAUACCAUCACCGGACGGGCUAGCGCUCUUAAGAGUUUGAUAUCGUACUUCAAGGGCGACGAAACAGGCUCCCAGGCCGAAAGUCAUAGCCAAAAAUUGUUUGACGACAAGACAUAUCAUUAUGUCUAUGAGGCUCUCUUCGGCUGCGCCCUCACCGAAAAAGCAGAGUACUUCAGCUGCUUAAAAGAGUUGAAACGCGACAAAGUACGCAAUAGCUGUGUUAAAAGACUCGAGGGCUGCGCCGAAGCACUCCGUCUAGCUGUUCAACAUGGUGCCUACAAGAUCAAAAGGAAAACAGCAACGGCCAUCGCCGAUCAUAUCACGCAAACUCUUCUAGCUUCCGACGGCAACUACUUCGAGCCCCUUCUCAAGGGAUACGUCAAGGCGUUGAGCGCCUUUCUAAACGUCCAGGUCAACGUCGAAAACCUAGCCGCUUUCGGAGGCGAAAAGUGGGAAUCUUCGAUCGACUUGUGCCUGAAUGCCAUCUCCCGCUUUCUAGAGGCUGCCGAACACGACUCGGGCACUUCAGUCCGCGCUUCCCCAGCCCCGGGAACACCUGCUACCUCAAGAGCAGGCUCAGUUGGACCAUUAUCCGCAUCUGUCCAGGUGAAUGGCCAAUUGGCCAUCGAAUUCCUAGCAUGUGUCAAGGCACUCACAUCAGCGUCGAAUGCGCCAGUUUUGAGGAGAGCAGAAAGGAUCUCUCAGCUUGUGCUUCGCGUGCUCACCCUUCGUCACAUCAAGCUAGGCGAGCUGCAAAGGGAUUCCUUUUCCAUACUUAACAACAUCUUGGUGCGGGUACAGACCGAAAGUAUAGCCCUGACCAACACGAUAACCACGGCACUGGUCCCAGUGUUAUCGCACUGCUGGCAACCUCGGUCUUUAUCUCGAGACGCCAUGUCGAAUUCCCUCAAGGAUGAGAUGCUCAAGACCCUAUAUGGAAUACACUUGUACUUGGAGAGUUUGCUUCGAGAGGCAACGGAUGAUAAGCUCUUGCAAGAUAUCGAAGAUUUGCUCGACUCGUUAUGGUCCGAGUACUCCAGGCGGGAUGACAAAACCCGCCUUCAGCUCGAAGACGUCACCUUCUCAGCGAUGCAACUGCACCCAGAUCACCCAUUGACUAUGGUAUUCGGCUUACGUCCAUAUCAUCUAGCAGGGGAACAGAACUGGGCCUUGCUUGAGAACAUUGCCCUUUUGGAGAUAGUUUACGCAAAGAACUCUCAACGAGAUCGUCAACACCUAGAAGAUGAGCCCGACAAACCACGGAAGAGGCGCCGAGUGAUAGGAAGCUCGAACCGAAUACACCAAAAGCUUAUAUCGCAGGAUUCCGCGGUACAGCUCACCGCUCUACAGCUUACACCAUUUCUGUCCGCGUUGAAGCAUCCAUCUCUCGAGGAGGUCAAGGGGGCAUUGGUGGAUUUGUCACAGUUCAUUUCUGCGAAACAAGGCUUGGUAGCUUCGUGGGCAAUGAUUGCAUGCUCUAGCCUGGCGGUUCACAAAACGUCCCGCGACCCAUCCCUUGCUGCCAUGUGGAAGCAAGCAUGGCACAUUGGCGUCAGAUCCCUGAGCUUACCCCCUACGAGCCGCUCUGCAUGCGUCCUUUUGAACUGGAUUCUGAAAGCGAAGCUACUUUCUGACCAUGAACUAGCUGGCGACGUCAAUCAGAUCAUCACGACUGCCGAUAUCAGCGGACCGGCAUUGCUCGUUGACUCGGCCCCUGUGCUGAUGUUGACCUUACUGCGGGUCCGCAACGCCAUCUCUCCCAAUGCCAGUCAAUCAACUUCUAGUCACGUUAUUCGAUGGGUUUUCUUGAAGUGGAAUCCAUCCGAGUCCGCAUAUGCUUCAGUUCAUGGCGUACAUGCAGCACCGGUAGACCUUAUCAACCUCCUGCGGGCUUGCUAUGAAAUGCCGCCUCUUCGUAUGAACACAUCUCUCACUGUCUUUGACGGCCCCGUUGCUCAGUUUCGAGCAGUCCAAAAGCAGCGUCAUGCGAUGCUACGGUAUCUGUUGCUUUUGGAAGAUGAAGUCCCCCCAGAGGACUCACACAAAGCAACAUCAACUGACCAGCCAAAGAGAGAGGAAAUCCGGGCUGCUGAUUUGUCGAGUUCUCACUCGGCAAAGCGGCUGAUUCUGGAACUGCUCUUCCCAAAGCUUGAUGAACUAUUACAGAUGGUAGAAUUAUGGCAUAAGCGUGGUGAAAGCGACAGCGCAGCCCCUGUGUCUAGGGAUCGCCUCGUUAGCAUCGCUUCGACUUGUAUUGUCGGAGCAUUCGUCAUGCCCGAGCUUGUGGGUCUCAACUCUUCCAUGUCGAGGGAUGUAGAGAAAACCGUGUUUGGUAUUGUUGAGGGCAUGAUAAAGGCGAUUGUUGAGUCUCCCCAGAGUGAAGAUUUCUUCAAUCUAGUCCUUGAAGCCUCCGCGCCCUACAUCCCUACCCUGGGUGAGGCUGAGUUGACUCAUUUUAAACGCGAGGAACCAUAUGCCCUCAGGUUUUUUGCCACAGUUUCAAACAGUCUUCUGGAGAAAACCCGACGAGAAUCUCCCACGGACAACGAUCCAGCGUCUAUGGAUCUUGAUGAUGAUUUCGACUCCCAGGAAACUCGCAAAAGUACAACAGCGGGGAAAAAGUUCCUAUCCAGAAGGGACAUCACCCUCAACCACACUCCCGAGGCCUUUUACCUCGACACCAGCCUUCGGCUACACCUACUUAGGAUCAUCCGUGCGGAUGACGGUGAGCUUGGCCGGGUGCCUGAUCCCAUUGUGGAUCACCUUCUGGAGCUCUCCGACGAGGAUCUCUUGUCUUGCCGGCUUUUCAUGCAGGAGUUGUUCGCAUCCGAUGUUGUCACACCUGUUGAUCUCGCGAUAAGGAUGAUUGAAAGGAUCGCUGCGACGAUCAGCAACAACCAAUAUACCUGUUGUGAAGCUGCCAUGUGUACUGUGAUUGACAUCAUGGAGGGAUUCAUCACCAUGUGGACCGAUGAGGAGCUCGAGAUCUCGAAUUUGGUUGGCGAUAUCUACGACCAUCUCAUCAAACGUGCAUUGCCCAACAACUCGCUUUCAUCUACCGCACAGAUCUGGUUUUCGAGACUUCUCUUCCGUCUGCUGGAGGUCAAUCCUAUGUUUGCUUCACAGGUUCUGAAGCUUCCUUCCACCAGAUCUACGCUUCGGACGAUUUUGAAAGACGCGCCCAUGGAUGUCAAGUUCUUUAUUGGCAUUAACCUGCCGAGAAUCUUUGGGAUGCAUGUUCUCAAAACUCACGAUGACUUAAUUGUCGAAAUCCUCGAAGUGCUUCCCGGUGAAGGAACGGAGGGCAUCGCGUUCCGUCUGUUUGUACUGGCGGAACUCGCGUGCAAAUGGCCUACAUUGCUUCGUCGGUGUACUUAUCACAUUUUCGAGACACCUGGGAAGAACCAAACAUCGGUAAGCCAUGCGACAAGUUGCUUGAAGCGGGUGUCGAGAUGUCUCAAUCUCAGCAGCCCUCAAGAGUUGUUCACGAUUUUUGCUCCCCAGAUACUCUAUACUUGGCUAGCGGUCGACUCCAUCGACGAGAUUCCAUACAGCAUAUUUGGGUUUUCGAACCUGGCAGAGCUCCUUUCCAAGAGCCAGUCAGAAGCUGUUGGUAUAAUGAUCAUGCGUGGCCAUGAAACGGACGCCCGCGAGCUGGCUAAAACUUUGAAGCUUAGUAUACGAGAGUUGGUCACGCAGAACUUCAGCAAGAUCGUGGCGUACAGCAUUGCACAAGAUUCCAGUCUCCCAAACGAAGUGACUGGAGAGAGCCGCAUGAGGAAAAUCAUCGGGGCGGAGCCUUACAGCAGCAACAUAAUUCUCAACUUCGCCGACAUCCUGGCCACCUUUUUCGAAAUAUGCGACCAAGAGUAUCCUAUCGAAGACUCGUUUCGCAAAGAUGCCGCUAACUUUGCCUAUGCAGCGGAUAUCAUGGACAAAAUCAAAGCGUUUGGUCAUCUGGACACAAUGCUUCCACCAAACCAGCAGCCAAGUUAUAAGGCCAAGUUUCUCAAGCAGCAGAUACUACACCUCGUAAAGAGGACCAACUACGAGCUACAUGAUAUAUGGACACCCGCUCUUGUGGUAUUCGUAGCCCGAAAACUGCUGAACACGAUUCACCCGGCAUUAGGCCCAUUGCAUGCCUGUUCCGUGCUGCGGAAGAUCCGCGUGCUUAUUUGCUUAGCAGGCAACACGGCCCUGUAUGGCUACCCUCUAGAGAUGCUGCUGCAUUCUCUACGGGCUUUUGUGGUUGAUCCGGAGUGCGCUGAUGAUGCCCUGGGAAUCACCCAGUAUCUCAUUACCGAGGGAAGCGAUCAUCUAAUCCGAUUUCCUUCUUUCCUUGCUGGAUAUGCUCUUUCAUGCUUGGCUGAUCUUCGAGUAUUCCUCGAGUCGAGCCAAUCUAGUACAACUCAGGAGAGCCAGUUCAAAGCGACAAAAUCAAAGGCGCAGCUGUUUCACGCAUGGUUUUCCAAAUAUCUGGCCAACUACACCACCAAUGCAUGGAAGGAUAAGACACAAAAGGAAGCUUUCGAGGCCAUCACCCAGUCUGCUGCUAAUAUUCGUGUCAUGGGUAAUGCAGAGAAGGGUACCCACGAGAGCAAGUUGCUCUUGGAGAUUCUUAAGGAUUGGGGUCGACAGCACCAGCUCCUGAACGGGCCGGCUCGAUCGGUUGCUCUGUCAAUACUCUGUGGGUCUUUCAAAGUUCCACCACCAAGUCGCUUGGACGUGAUCCAAAGCGACGAAGAGGCGUUGGCUCAUGGUGCUGCUGUCUGGAUGAGCUGUGGUUCCAAAAAGCUUAGCAGCGAGUACUUGGCCUGGGCCGGGCGAGUGAUCGGUCGAUCGUAUGCAGCCUCAGGCGACGUACCACCAGAGCUCUUGCGCGAAUCGCGCCUUCAGGAGUAUCGGAAGAAAUCCCCGGUAAACUUUGAUUUCAUGGAGUCAGAGGAGGCCCUUCUUAGCCUCAUUGAAGCCCUUACUGCAAGUAGCGACGGCUUUCGGGCUGGAUUGGCUGAGGCUGCCCUUCGUGUAGCAGUAUCGGAUGCCCUCCAUGAGAACGAUCGUCCUUUGAUCACCGCCUGUCAAAAGAGUCUUUCAGAGUCGUUGCUAGUAGCAUCGGAAUGGGGAGAGCUUCGAAUACCCCGGUCUGAUCGCUUCAGUGUCGAACACCCUAUUGAGACCGAGAUAUUCUCUGCAGAAUUUCUGGAAAGUCCGGAGUGGGCACAGCAACUCACCACACUCUUAGCCCAGUCAGUACCGGGGAGCGUCGCACUUAGAGUACUGCCUCCCAUCUUGACAAAGGUCAAAGGCUUUGCUGAGCAAGCAUUUCCCUUUAUCGUUCACAAUGUGCUGGAAUACGAGCUAGAUCAGACCCAAGGGAUGAAGCAGAAGCUUUCGGAAGCCUUGAAGGAAUGGCUGGCCUCCACUUCACCAGCAGCCAGGGACAACCAGAAGCUCCUGAUCAACACAAUUCUGUACCUAAGAACACAGGCAAAUCCAAAUGAGACAUCUAUAGCAGAUCGAUUGCAAUGGCUCGAGGUCAACUUCUCAACCGCCGCGGCCGCUGCUACGCGAUGCGGGAUGUAUAAAGUUGCUCUGUUGUUCGCCGAGUUGGCAUCCACUGAGAUUACACGCCAGUCUCGCCGUUCGUCCGCGAUUCAGGGACUCGGGGAUACGAGCGAGAUUUUGUUGGAUAUUUUUGAAAAUAUCGAUGAUCCGGAUGCCUACUACGGCUUAACCCAGGACGCUUCGCUUUCGACUGUAUUAGCUCGUCUCGAGUACGAGAACGACGGAACCAAGAGCUUAGCAUUUCGUGGAGCCCAAUAUGACAGUCACCUGAGGCGCCGGGAUGUAGCUUCACAGCAAGACGGACAGGCGCUCAUCAAGGCGUUGAGCAGCUUGGGUCUCGCUGGCCUGUCGAACUCUCUCCUUCAGACGCAACAGAGCCUGGACGGGUCCUCGACAUCUCUUGAUUCCACGUUCAUCACAGCACGGCGUUUAGAGAUCUGGAAUCUUCCUGCCCCGGCUGCGACCGAAAACUGGGCGGUAACUGUAUACAAAGCCUAUCAGAGUAUGCAUCAAGCCUCUGACAUCAACAUGGUAAGAAGCGCGGUUCACGACGGUCUUACGAAAACUCUCAAACAUCUCACAGGGAAAAGCCUGAACACAUUGACACUGCGUCACCAGCUGGGUGCUCUCGCCACGCUGGCUGAACUCGAUGGUGUCCUGAACAUUGGAGAUCUUUCCGAGCUCAACGGCAUCAUUGAAGACUUCCAAGCGCGGUCCAAGUGGAUGAUGAGUGGGCAGUACGACGAUGUCAGUCGGAUCCUCUCGUGCCGGGAGACAAGCUUGAGCUUGUGGAGUCAACGCCACAACCUUCGGCCAGCGAGGUUGACACCUGCAAAUGCUCGUCUGGCGCAAAUUCGUGGCAUGCUGGUCUCUUCUGACAUUUACCGGUUCCAUCGUGCCACACAAGAAACUUUGAACUUGUCUACCACACUCACAGAUCUCAUAAGACCGAGUGAACAAAUGGGGCUUGCUGUCGACGCAGCAAUUCGAAUGGAGACUGCCAACUCGCUAUGGGAUCAAGGCGAGAUGAUUUCCUCCAUUAGGAUGCUGCAGAGCAUUGACAAAGAGUCCCCACUAGAGAAGCAAACCGUUCCUGUCAGCCGUUCUGAUCUUUUGUCGAAGAUUGGGUAUCAGGUGUCGGUGGCCCGGCUAGAGAGUCCAGACACUAUUCAGAAGCACUAUCUCGAACCUGCGCUGAAGGAGCUGAAAGGCAAGAGUGAAGGAAAGGAAGCUGGCCGGGUUUACCACCAGUUCGCCAUGUUCUGUGAUGAACAGCUCCAAAACCCAGAUGGCCUUGAGGAUCUUGCUCGCCUCCAGAAUCUUGAAAGGGGCAAGAAUGACGAGGUUACACAGCUCAAAGCUCUUAUUGCGAGCACCCGGGAUUCGCAACUCAAGAACAAGUAUGCUUCGCACUUGUCAAAGGCAAAGCAGUGGCUUGACCUCGAUCAGCAGGAGCUCCGCCGAGUUGAACAGACUCGUUCUGAGUUCGUGAGGUUGAGUUUGCAGAACUACCUACUCUCUCUCGCGGCAUCGGAUGAGUACAAUAAUGAUGCGCUCCGUUUUACAGCUCUGUGGUUAGAGUGCUCGGAGGACGACAUGGUCAACGAGGUAGUGAAGAGGUACCUCAGCAAAGUCCCAACUCGGAAGUUCGCACCCUUGAUCAAUCAGCUAUCAUCGCGCCUACAGCAUCAAGAAGGGCUCUUCCAGAUCACUCUGAUAGAACUGGUCUAUAGCAUCUGCCUCGACCACCCUUAUCACGGCAUGUACCAGAUCUGGUCGGGAGUCAAAGCACGAUCCAUCAAGAAUGAUGAGGUUGCUUUGUCCCGACAGAAGGCGACGGAUAAGAUUGCCAGAGCCAUCAAGAAGAGUGGUGUAUCAGCCGCCAAGAUCUAUCUGGCGAUUAACGCUACAAGCAAAGUCUACCACCAGCUCGCCAUGGACCGCGAUGGGAAUAAAUACAAAUCAGGUCACAAGAUGAACAUCAAGGACUCAAAAGUAGGCUUGGAAUUUCUCGCCGCGUUUGCCGCGUUCCCGAUCCCGCCGCCGACCAUGCAAAUGCCUUUGCUAGCAAGCUGCGACUACUCCCAAGUACCGAUGAUCGUCAAGUUCGAACCCCAAAUGUCUAUCGCCUCAGGCGUCUCCGCGCCCAAGAUCAUCACGGCCAUCGGCAGUGACGGCCGACAGUACAAGCAGCUUGUCAAGGGCGGCAACGACGACCUCCGCCAGGACGCCAUCAUGGAGCAAGUCUUUGCCGCCGUCUCGGAGCUACUCAAGCACCACCGCGCCACACGCCAGCGCAACCUCGGCAUCCGGACCUACAAAGUCCUCCCGCUCACCGAAACGACCGGCCUCAUCGAGUUCGUGUCCAACACCAUCCCACUGCACGAGUACCUCAUGCCCGCCCACGAAAUCUACUACCCCAAGGACCUCAAAGGGUCGCACUGCCGGAAAGAGAUCAUGAACGCCCAAUCCAAAUCCGUCGACACGCGUGUGGCCGUCUACCGCAAGGUAACCGAAAGGUUCCACCCCGUGAUGCGCUACUUCUUCAUGGAAUGGUUCCCCGACCCAGACGAGUGGUUCGCCAGGCGGACCGCCUACACGCGCACCACGGCCGCCAUCUCCAUGCUCGGCCACGUUCUUGGGUUGGGCGACCGACACGGACAUAACAUUCUGCUCGACACCAAGACGGGAGAGGUAGUGCACAUUGACUUGGGCGUCGCCUUUGAAUUGGGUCGCAUUUUGCCGGUGCCGGAACUGGUUCCCUUCCGUCUGACACGGGACAUUGUCGACGGCAUGGGCAUAACCAAAACCGAGGGCGUGUUCCGGCGAUGCUGCGAGUUCACGCUGGACGCGCUGCGCGAGGAGACGUACAGUAUCAUGACGAUUUUGGACGUGUUGAGGUAUGAUCCGCUUUAUAGCUGGUCGAUGAGCCCCCUCAGGAUGGCGAGGUUGCAGAAUGUAAGGGUGGGGGCGGGUGAAGAUGACGUGGUAGAGGCAGAGGAUGAGCGGCGGGCUGGAGAUAAGAAGACGACGAAGAACCUCAAUGAGCCUAGUGAGGCGGAUCGGGCGUUGGAGGUGGUGAGGAAGAAGUUGAGUAAGACGUUGAGUGUGAUGGCUACGGUGAAUGAUUUGAUCAAUCAGGCGACUGAUGAGAGGAAUUUGGCGGUGUUGUUUUGUGGUAAGUUGUCUACGCUUCAUGGUUGUGAGUUGAAUGUGUGA